UGAUUAUUCAGUCUGCCCACUAUGCUGACAAUUAAAACUGGGAAGGGGGAUAUGUUGUCUUUGCAGUUUUGGUUCUUUUUUGUUUUACUCAUAUUACUCAAAUAGUGGCGUUUGUUGGUUUAGAUGUUUCUUCCAAUUCAAUAGUCGAUGUAUCGAACGGUUGAUUUCCAUGAUGAUAUUACGAGUGUGGCUCCUCUUCUUUGUGCAUAUAUUUCAAACAUAUUCAAUGUGGCCGUUCAAUAGUCGCAAAAGUUGUGUUCUGGAUGUUAAUUGGAAUCUGAUCCACCAGAACGCGCCACUGUUGCUCCGCCGCAGUGCGCAUGGCUACGAGUUGGCUAGCCCUGAUUCUGUAGUCAAAGUUGGGAACUAUUUUCUUGGGCAUCGCCUCACCGGAGUCAUCAAAAUACCAUACGAGGAAGAGAUCUACGCUGCAUGUCCUGGAUAUGGAAACACACUCUACGGUCUGAAAGAGCCUGCCCAGUUCGCCACCUUCAAGUGUCUACAUCGGCGGAACAUCUUGCGCAUGGACAAGCAAAUGUUUAAGUCUCACCUGUUGAAGUGCACACAACCGGUAGCUACCUUGAUUCGCAAAACGGACCGUUGUUGUGGCGACGGGCUGGGGAUGGAGUACGAGAUUGGUUAUUCAGUUACACCAGAGUCUAAUCCUUCAGUUCGUAAUCCUCAAACGUACGGUCUCAUGUGGAUGAAAAUGAAUCAACCAGACGCCAAGAGGGUACCACAAGAAGGUAAAAGUGGCUUCUACCGCGUGAUGACUUGCUGCUACGAUUCUCAGAAGGUGCGGACACUGUACUCAGUGAACAUACUGCUAGGAGACAAGAUAGCAGGCGCUGAGACUAGGCGGGAGCGGCCUCCGUUCAUCAUAGGACAGUCCUCACUCUACCCUGCCCACUUCGAUGUCCACAAUAUUUAUAAAUAUCCCAACCAGAAGAAGGUAUUGCAGAAGAUUUUGGGCAGAAGGAAGAGUGACUCGAUGCUCACGAAGACGUUUCUGACACGCGGCCAUCUCGCCUCCGAGCACGAUUUCUUGAUGGGAAACUGGCAGGCCAGUUCCUUCUCCUACAUAAACCUCGUCCCUCAGUGGCAGUCAAUCAAUCGUGGACACUGGUACCGACUAGAGAAGAAGCUCCGACGGCUAGCUGACAUUACCAAACACAACUUGGUGAUUGCUUCUGGAACUUAUGGCAUCUUGACAGUCGAGGACGACCACAACACCACCCGAGAAAUUUACUUGGAUCCUGACAGAGAACUACUCCCAGUCCCCGCUUAUUUGUGGAAACUGGUGUUCUCGCCGAAGAACAACACCUGCAUCGCCUUCGUCAUAUCCAACAACCCAUUUGAAGCUUCUCGGACCGAACCUUUCUGCCAAGACAUCUGCCAUGAGCACAACUGGCCAGAGGAUUACAUUUACGAGUGGAGAGGACGCAUGUUCUGCUGUUCUGCUGACGAGCUACGCACUGUCAUUCCAUACAUACCCAAAUUCGCUUGUUACGGCAUCCUUGAUUAUAUACCAGAGCAAACACCAAAUACCGUCCCAUUUAAUUUCUGGUUCAGGACCAAGAAUAGAUUUUUAUGACAUCAUUCACUAAUUUAUAAAUAUCUUUUGUAUGCCAAACCAUUUGUAAUGUUCUCAAAUCACAUAAACAGUAUACAUUGAUUACCUGGUUAUUUUCUACAUCGCAAAGUGUUAUUUGGAUAAUGUAAAAACUUUAAAUUUAUGUAGUGUUAUAUUUAGGGAAAAAUACAAUAUUUUCCUCCAAAAUAAAUUGAACAAAACAGAUAAGUUAUGACAUUUUGAAAAGUCUGUAAGUAAAUAUUUCUUCAUUAGUAUCUGCAGCUAAUUUAAAUAGUGUUGAAAUGUUAGAACAUACCGUUAUUUAUUAAUUUAAGUACUAAUUCAAAUACAAUGUGUGGAAAAUUUUUAAAAUAAAGAAGAAUUAAAAAAAUAGUAAUGAUUAGUGAGAUAAUCAUCAAAGUAGGAUUGAAAAAAGGUAAUAUAUUAAUUGUUUAUUUAUUGCUAGUUAUGCUCAAAUUGAUUGUAAAUAGAUGAAUUUAUUUUUAGAAAGUAAAAUACUUUAGUGAACCAAAACCUUUCAAAUGCUACGAAAGAUGGUGAACAUAAUUCAUUACAUUGUAGGGUAAAAAAUUUAUUGAAAGCUAAAAGUUAAAUUAGUUGAAAACAAUUCUGCAACAAAAAUUCAGAGUUCGAUGAUUAAAUUUAUUUUAAAAAGUAGUAGAAGUCCCUGUAGCAUGUAGAGUCUACAAAAUUAUACAAGGAAAUACAAUGUAGGAUAUUACGAAUAAAAAUAACAUUGCAUAAACAGAAGAGCCUUAAUGUUCAUUUAUUUAAUGUGUUAGAAAUUACUAUAUAAGUCACGCAACACAUAUCAUAAUUUAGAAAUCAGUGAAAUAUUUUAAACAAAUUUAAUGGAGAGUAGCAACACACUACAUAAUUAUUAAGUAUUAUCAGCAUUACCUAUAAUUCAAUAAAACGGUCAUUAUAUUAUUAAUUGUUCUUUUUUGAGAAUUACAAUUACAAUUUAUUGAAAUUCGUAUCGGCAAAUUUACUGGAGUGAUUAAAAUAAACGCCUACAUUGCAAAAACAGCAAUUGAAACUUUUUAUAAUUAGACUCUCUUUGAAAGAACACUUUUUACCUAAAAGAUAAUUUGAUGACGUAUCACUAGACUAGAAAGCCACGCUUUCGUCGCAUCACACAACGGCGUUACAAAUACCUCAUUAGUGGUUUUUUGUUUACAUUAAUUUCAUCAAAGCUGACAUCUCAAAAAGUAUUCGGUGUUCCUCUUGAAAAUUUUAAUUAACUUCACCCACCUUAAUGACAUUUCGUAAUAAAACUCCCACUUUUCACUUUUACUAAAAGCUUCCAUUUAAUACUGUUGAUUAUUGCAACAAAGAAGGUGUUACAAUUGCAUGAAAACAUGCAUUUACGAUAUUUUUAUAAUACAUUUUUAGUACACACAUUUCUGACAAGCUUUAUUGUUAACAUUAAAUACAUGUAUUUAAACAAUUAUGAACAAAGAAUUAAAUUUUUUGUUUCCUUUGUUAA